UCGCGACCUUGCAGCCCUUGUCGUGUCUCUCCUCUAUAAAACUCGAGCUCGAGCUUAGCCUCCCCCGUGCGGCGGCUGCUAGCAAGUUGCGGUGGUUGUCUUAGCUAGCAGAGCUUGUAGCUAGGUGGACCGGAGGGGAGACGCGUACGUGCGGACCGGGUGCGAGCGAUCAGCAGGCGUUGACGGAGGCGGCGACGACGGCCAUGGCGUCCUCGGGCAGCGGCGGCGGCACGCCGGGGUCGCCGUGCGGGGCGUGCAAGUUCCUCCGGCGCAAGUGCGCGGCUGAGUGCGUGUUCGCGCCCCACUUCUGCGCCGAGGACGGGGCGGCGCAGUUCGCGGCCAUCCACAAGGUGUUCGGCGCCAGCAACGCCGCCAAGCUGCUGCAGCAGGUGGCCCCCGCCGACCGGAGCGAGGCGGCGGCCACCGUCACCUACGAGGCGCAGGCCAGGCUGCGCGACCCCAUCUACGGCUGCGUCGCCCACAUCUUCGCGCUGCAGCAGCAGGUGGCGAGCUUGCAGAUGCAGGUGUUGCAGGCGAAGGCGCAGGUGGCGCAGACGAUGACGGCGGGCGGCCCGCAGGCGGCGGGGAGCCCUCUCCUGCAGAGGUGGCCGAUGGAGCCCGAGUCCCUGUCGACGCAGAGCUCCGGGUGCUACAGCGCGCCGAGCUGCGACGGGUCGGCGUCGCUGCAGGAGAUGUACUGCGGCUUCGGCGAGCAGGAAGAAGGCAGCUACACGAGAUGAAUCCUUAGCAUCAAACUCUGUCAAGAAACCGCGCGCGAAAAAAAAAAGAACUUGUUGAUUUGCAGCUAGCGUGCGUUUGAUUUUGUUUAGUUCAGCUCCGCUUUCGGGAGCUUGAUUUGGUGCGAGGCUGUAGUACUGUACUGCUUGCCGGUUUCAGGUCAGCUGUAAUGGGUGAAGCUCAUGAGCAUGCAUGUGGUUUAAACGGAAGAACACAUCAGAAAUCACGUAUGGUUUCAUAUUGCCUAA